UUUGCGGCUUUGGUGCAGUGGUGCUCGCGCUGCUCUGCGUUAACAUACGCUGCUGUAUUCACAAAGUUGAAAUAAACAGUGUUGGAAAAAUAGCUCUACUCAUUUUAAAGGGACUUUAGUGUGUUCGGGCUCCGACGUAAGGACAUACACUGCGCGUUUUCUUCGGAAGUGGAGCAUUUUGUUAUAGGGGUCUCAUACAGGAAUACAGUAUGAGGUGCAGUUAUGGCAAGAAGGGGUAAGUGUGUUGUGAGAACCCUGGAGGACUUGACGCUGGACUCGGGUUAUGGUGGAGCGGCAGACUCCUUCAGGUCGUCCAGCUUGUCGCUGUGCUGUUCUGACGCGCACACAUCGUUCGCGCAUGGAGGGAAUGGUUGGCAUCUAACAGACUCUAUGCACAGUAGACACAACAGCCUUGACACUGUCAACACCGUUCUGGUCGAAGACGCCGAGAACCUGGAGUGCGCCGGACACUGUGCGAAACUUCCCGAGCUUGAGGAUGUGCCUUGGAGUCUCGGGGAGGUGGAAAACGCGCUUCGAAAGGAAGAGGAGCUCAAAGACGGAGCCUUUCCUGGCGACCUGUUGGCGAGGCUUUCUGCGCUGGUCAGUCGAGCGCUGGUGAGGAUCGCCAAGGAGGCACAGCGUCUGAGUUUGCGCUAUGCCAAAUGCACCAAAUAUGAGAUCCAAAGUGCCAUCAAGAUCGUUCUAUCCUGGACGAUAUCUGUCAACUGUAUCACUGCGUCGCUUAGCGCACUGUCCAUGUAUAACAUGAGCACGGAGGAUAAAUUCAGUCGUGGGAAGUCGGAGCGCUGCGGGCUGGUCUUCUCAGUGGGGAAGUUCUUCAGGUGGAUGGUGGACAGCAGGGUCGCACUGCGGGUCCACGAGCACGCAGCCAUUUACCUGUGUGCGUGCAUGGAGAGCCUUUUCCGAGAGGUGUUCACGCGCGCCCUGCGCACUGCCCUAGUCGAGAAGGACAACGGGAUCCCAAAGUUUUCGCUCGAGUCAUUAGAGCAGGCCAUUAAUAACGACUCGGAGGUAUGGGGCCUACAGCUGCCUUAUCAGCACCUCAUCUGCGGGAAGAACGCCAGCGGAGUGCUCAGUCUGCCGGACAGCUUGAACUUGCACAGGGACCAGCAGAGGUCUGGGAAGGCGGGAGAGGGUCACGCCUACAGCCAAUCAGAGCUGCGCACCAUCGAGCAGUCCCUCCUGGCCACCCGUGUGGGCAGCAUCGCUGAACUCAGUGAGCUGGUGUCGCGGGCAAUGCACCACCUGCAGCCUCUGCACGUGAAGAACCACAGCAACGGCACCCCUGGCCACCAGCGUCCGUCCUCAGUCCACUGGGAGCCCGAGGCCCUGUACACACUCUGCUACUUCAUGCACUGCCCCCAGAUGGAGUGGGAGAACCCCAACAUCGAGCCCUCCAAAGUCACACUGCACACCGAGAGGCCGUACGUGGUGCUGCCGCCGCUGAUGGAGUGGAUCCGCGUCGCCGUGGCACACGCCGAGCACCGCCGCAGCUUCUCCGUGGACAGCGAUGACGUCAGACAGGCCGCACGCCUGCUCCUGCCCGGCACAGACUGUGAACCACGACAGCUGAGGACAGAUGACUGUUUCUGUGCCUCCCGUAAGCUGGACGCCGCGUCCACUGAGGCCAAGUUUCUUCAGGACCUGGGCUUCCGCAUGCUCAACUGCGGACGCACCGACCUGGUCAAGCAGGCCGUCAACCUGCUGGGACCAGACGGCAUCAACAGCAUGAGUGAACAGGGAAUGACCCCUCUGAUGUAUGCGUGUGUGCGUGGGGACGAAGCCAUGGUGCAGAUGCUGCUGGAUGCUGGAGCUGACAUCAACAGCGAGGUGCCAAACACGAUACACAAGCACCCCUCAGUCUUCCCCGAAACUCGGCAGGGGACCCCGCUCACAUUCGCCGUCCUACAAGGACAUGUCCCUGUUGUCCAGCUCCUGCUGGAUGCCGGUGCCAAUGUGGAGGGCUCUUUGCAGGAUGGCAUGGAGAACUACACAGACACCCCCCUGCAGCUGGCCUCCGCCGCAGGGAACUUUGAGCUGGUCAGUCUGCUGCUGGAGCGGGGAGCCGACCCCAUGAUUGGGACCAUGUACCGUAACGGCAUCUCCACCGCCCCCCUGGGAGACAUGAACUCAUUCAGCCUGGCAGCAGCACAUGGACACAGGAAUGUGUUCCGGCGGCUGCUGUCCCAUGCGGAGCCGGGGAAGAAUGACGUGCUGUCCCUGGAGGAGAUCCUGGCCGAGGGCUCAGAGGCCGGGGACAGCGGCUCCCUGCAGUCGGACCCUGGGCGCUCGGGGAAGGCCAAGCUGCGUGCCCUCCGAGAGGCCAUGUACCACAGCGCCGAGCACAGCCACGUGGACAUCACACUGGACAUACGCAGCCUGGGUAUCCCGUGGACGCUGCACACCUGGUUGGAGUCUCUGCGUACCUGCUUCCAGCAGCACCGGCGGCCGCUGAUCCAGGGCCUGCUGAAGGAGUUCAGCUGCAUCGAGGAGGAGGAGUACACCGAGGAGCUCAUCACCCACGGCCUGCCCCUCAUGUUCCAGAUCCUCCGUGCCAGCAAGAAUGAGGUGAUCAGUCAGCAGCUUGCAGUGAUUUUUACGCAGUGCUACGGUCCCUACCCCAUCCCCAAGCUGACGGAGAUCAAGAGAAAACAGACCUCGCGCCUAGACCCGUGCUUCCUAAACAAUAAGGAGAUGUCUGACGUGACGUUCCUGGUGGAAGGCAAGCCCUUCUACGCCCACAAAGUUCUGCUGUUCACUGCCUCUGCCCGAUUCAAAUCCCUCCUGAUGAACAGGCCGGUCGGGGAGAACACCUGUAUUGAGAUCAGCCACGUGAAGUAUAACAUAUUUCAGCUGGUGAUGCAGUAUCUGUACUGUGGAGGAACUGAUGCCCUGCACAUCAGAAACACAGAGAUCAUGGAGCUCUUGUCUGCUGCCAAGUUCUUCCAGCUUGAGGCGCUCCAGAGGCACUGUGAGAUCAUCUGUUCCAAAAACAUCAACACAGACACCUGUGUGGAGAUCUACAACCAUGCCAAGUUUCUGGAGGCCCAGGAGCUGGCCUCGUACAUCGAGGGCUACUUCCUGAAGAACAUGGUGGUCCUGAUCGAGCUCGAGACGUUCAAGCAGCUGCUCUACGACGCUCCGGCCGAGAACACCCCCUCUGACGUCCUCCAGGACCUGGAACGCACACUGGCCACGCGGAUCCAGUCCAUCCACCUCUCCUCCUCCAAAGGCUCCGUCGUCUGAAGGCCCUCCAGACUCAAGGGGAAGGGAGAGGGGGCUUCUAUAGCUCCCCCAUCCACCUCCUCCAUCAUCGUGUGUGAGGUCGCAUCAUCAACUUCACCCAACGGAACGCAAGCCUGUCAGGAACAGUGCCAAGCAGGGAGCGGGAGGACCAAUCAUGACCACAUAGGAAGCGCACGGCACUACAGGGGAGCCUGCGGGACUUGAGUGACCUCUCUGUGGAGCGAUGGAGGGGUCAUGCUGAAUGCCAUUACAUGCACAGAUGAAACCUCUGCGCCAGCGUCUAGAGUUGUUGCUUUUGCAAUAAUCACAAAAUAGCAGUGACAAAUAGAAAAGCAAAGUUGUUAUUUUUGGCAGAAAAUUUUAAUGAUGUACAAAAAAUAUUUACGGUACAAAUGGAUCUUACUGGAUGCUGCCAGUAAUAUAUUUCAGAUUAUUAAUAUAAAUAUAAAUAUUGUCUCUUGAAAUUUGUGAUGUUGUGUGUGUGAUUGAGAAAUAUGUGGUGUUUGUUUGUGUGUGUGUGUGUGUGUGUGUGUGUGUGUGUGUGUGUGUGUGUAUGUCUGCGUGACUGUGUGUAUGACGGUAUGCUCAGGUGAAGUUAAUGUAAAACAUGUACGUGGACAAACUUCAAUCAGUGCUUGUCUAAAGACACACCAGAAAUCCCAGAAUGCCAGUUAGUUACCCUCUCUCCAGGGAGGCCUAGAACAUUCCAUAUAUAGCGGACACUUCAGUUGGCUGGAAUCUCAGCACUACCAGGAAACUCCAGAGUUAGACCUGCGUCUGUUAGGACAACACUGUACUGUACAGAUCAUUACCCGGCAAUCCAUGGACCAGGGAACCCACAGCAACACACAUUGCUUCUACUGUACAAUAGUACACCACUCAAGACUUGUUUUGGCGCUGUCACUGAUAUCACUCAUGAACCAAUAUCCAUUCAUCACAGUUGAUGUGUGUGCAAACCCACAUGUUGGCCACAGAUGGACCUGGUCUUUAUUGACUUGUAAAUACUGUCUCUGUAAAUUAGCCAGGGAGCGCUCUCUCCCCUUGUAAGUUACUGUACAGUAUCAACACAUUAUUGUCUGCCCGCAAGUGUCUCAUCAGACCCAACAGGACAAACAGGCCACUGUCUGUAUACGUGUUCUGGUGUAAAAAUGCAUGUGGUUGUUUGUAACUUUUGCUUUGUACUUCUGUGUCUCAAAGAUAUCUUGUUGUUUUGUUUUCGUGUGUGUGUGUGCGUGCACAUGAAUGUGUGUGUGUGUGUGUGUGUGUGUGUGUGUGUGUGUGUG